CUCUAGGCUGCGACGCGGGACUGUCAGGUGGCCUCGGGGCAGACCCGAGCCGGGCAACGGCUGCCAGCCCGGAGCCGGAAGUGCCACGUGUCUGCAAUGCGCCUGCGCGGCCGGCGGCUGACAGGCACUUCCGCCCCGGGUCUCCCUCCUCUCCCCGCUCAGCUGCCGACUGCGCGCCGGGCGUUCGCGGCCCUGCCGGCCUGACACCCGAGCCUUUCAGCUCCCGGCCCGGCUGUGGGCGCCGGUGGCGCGGGGACAGCGAGGCGCCAUGCCUGGGCCCUGACGCGCUGCCCUUCCUGGUUUCGGGCUGACGGCUGGCGGCUCCCUGCGCUCCGCUUUCGUCUUCGAUUGCGCUCGGCGCGGCGGGCGACCCCGAGCUGUCCAGCCGACCCUGCGCACCGCCGCGGUCAUGUCCCAGCCCGGCUCCCGCGGCGCCACGGCCGGCCUGCAGGCCCAGAACGGGGCCGCGGCGGCCUCGGGGUCUCCCUAUAGCAACGGUCCUGUUCAAAAUGCACUGAUGUCCUCACAAGUGUCAGCGGGCCAAGGAUAUGAUUCCCAGCUUCCAGGAUCCUACCCUCAUCUAAUGCCAGCAAAGAGUUUGAAUCCAUUCUCUGGACAGUCGAACUAUGGUGGUUCUCAGGGAUCUGCACAGACUCUUAACAGACCACCUGUGGCUUCUAAUCCAGUACCACCUUCACUUCAUAGUGGUCCUGUUCCCCAAACACCACUGCCUGCUUCUCAGAACCCAGCUGCUACACCAAUGCCUUCUGGUAGCUUUCUUCCUGGAGCCAACCCACCACUACCCUUGAAUUGGCAAUAUAACUAUCCAGCCACAGGUUCACAGACAAACCAUUUUCCUCAUGUAGCCCAACCAGCUGUAUCUGGGACUACAAAUUUAACAAGAAAUCAACAGUAUGUUUCUCCUGGAGACCCUUCACUUCAAACCAGCUUUAUAAAAUCAGGUUCUGCACUUCCCUUACAGAAUCCACCUCUGCCUACCAGUUUUCAGCCAGGAGCUCCUCCUGGGCCCUCUCCAGCUGGAGGUCCACCUCCAGUAAGGGGCCUCAUGUCCCAGAAACCACCUCCUAGAGUUGUACCCCCACCUUCAUUUAAUUCAUCUAUCAACCAAGAAGGUAUUACAUCAAAUGCCAAUAAUGGCUCUAUGGUGGCCCAUAGUACUUAUGAUGAAAUUGAAGGAGGUGGCUUCUUGGCAACACCACAGCUUACUAAUCAGAAUCCCAAAACGAGUCGAAGUGUUGGGUAUGCAUAUCCCUCCUUGCCACCUGGCUACCAGAACACAGCACCACCUAGUGCAACUGGAAUGCCACCUUCAUCCUUGAAUUAUCCAAGUGGUCCCCAGGCCUUUACUCAGACUCCCUUAGGUGCUAAUCAUUUAAAUGCAAGCAUGAGUGGGUUAAGUCUACAUCCAGAGGGUCUACGAGUUGUCAAUCUUCUUCAAGAAAGGAACAUGCUUCCCUCAACACCUGUGCAGCCUCCAGUUCCAAAUUUGCAUGAAGACAUCCAGAAACUCAACUGUAACCCAGAGUUAUUUCGAUGCACGCUGACUAGCAUUCCUCAGACUCAGGCCUUACUGAAUAAAGCCAAACUUCCUUUGGGGCUACUGCUUCAUCCUUUCAAAGAUCUAGUGCAAUUGCCUGUGGUUACCUCCAGUACAAUUGUGAGAUGUCGUUCGUGUAGGACCUACAUCAACCCUUUCGUCAGCUUUCUUGAUCAGAGGAGGUGGAAAUGCAACUUAUGUUAUCGAGUCAAUGAUGUUCCUGAAGAAUUCAUGUACAACCCUUUGACCAGAGUUUAUGGAGAACCUCACAGAAGACCUGAAGUUCAGAAUGCCACUAUUGAGUUUAUGGCGCCUUCAGAAUACAUGUUGCGACCUCCACAACCUCCAGUGUACCUCUUUGUACUUGAUGUGUCUCACAAUGCAGUUGAAACUGGAUACUUGAAUUCAGUUUGCCAGAGUUUGUUAGACAAUCUGGACCUGCUUCCUGGCAACACGAGGACAAAGAUCGGCUUCAUAACAUUUGACAGCACAGUCCACUUUUACAGUCUUCAAGAAGGCCUUUCUCAGCCUCAGAUGCUGAUAGUCUCAGAUAUUGAAGAUGUUUUUAUACCUAUGCCAGAGAACCUACUAGUAAAUUUAAAUGAAAGUAAAGAGCUCGUCCAAGACUUACUGAAAACUUUGCCACAAAUGUUUACUAAGACUCUGGAAACCCAGAGUGCCUUGGGUCCUGCACUUCAGGCUGCCUUUAAGCUGAUGUCACCAACUGGUGGUCGGAUGUCUGUCUUUCAAACACAACUCCCAACUCUUGGAGUGGGAGCCCUGAAACCUCGAGAGGAACCCAACCAAAGGUCAUCUGCCAAGGAAAUACACUUGACACCAUCUACCGACUUCUAUAAGAAAUUAGCCCUAGACUGUUCUGGUCAGCAGGUGGCUGUUGAUUUAUUCCUUCUCAGUGGGCAAUAUUCUGAUUUGGCUUCUCUAGGGUGUAUUUCUCGGUACUCAGCAGGUAGUGUCUACUACUAUCCCUCUUACCAUCAUCAGCACAAUCCAGUGCAAGUACAGAAAUUACAGAAGGAGCUACAGAGGUACCUCACUCGGAAAAUUGGAUUUGAGGCAGUCAUGAGGAUCCGCUGCACCAAAGGUCUUUCCAUUCAUACUUUCCAUGGGAACUUCUUUGUCCGGUCUACAGACUUACUGUCUCUACCCAAUGUCAACCCAGAUGCUGGGUAUGCAGUACAGAUGUCAGUAGAAGAAAGUCUCACUGACACUCAAUUGGUUUCUUUUCAGUCAGCACUCUUGUAUACAUCAAGCAAAGGUGAGAGAAGAAUCCGAGUCCACACUUUGUGCUUGCCAGUGGUUUCAACUCUCAAUGAAGUCUUUCUUGGAGCUGAUGUUCAAGCAAUUUCAGGGUUAUUGGCAAAUAUGGCUGUUGACAGGUCAGUGACUGCCAGUCUGAGUGAUGCCCGAGACGCUCUGGUGAAUGCCGUCAUUGACUCUCUCUCUGCGUACCGCUCUUCAGUCCUUAGCAGCCAGCAGCCUGGGCUCAUGGUUCCUUUCUCUUUGCGGCUUUUCCCACUUUUUGUUUUGGCUCUCCUUAAACAGAAAUCUUUCCAGACUGGGACAAAUGCACGCCUAGAUGAACGCAUUUUUGCUAUGUGUCAAGUAAAAAACCAGCCACUGGUUCACCUUAUGCUCACAACACACCCCAGUUUGUAUAGAGUCGACAGUCUCUCAGAUGAGGGGGCACUGAACAUCAGUGACAGAACCAUACCUCAGCCCCCAAUUCUUCAGCUCUCGGUGGAGAAGUUGAGCAGAGAUGGAGCCUUCCUUAUGGAUGCAGGCUCAGUACUGAUGCUUUGGGUUGGAAAAAAUUGUGCACAGAAUUUUCUUAGUCAAGUUCUAGGAGUUCAAAACUAUGCAUCAAUUCCACAGACUAUGACAGACCUUCCAGAACUUGAUACACCAGAAUCUGCUAGAACAAUAGCUUUCAUCACUUGGCUUAGAGAACAGAGGCCAUUUUUCCCAAUACUUUAUGUAAUAAGGGAUGAGAGUCCAAUGAAAGCAGCCUUCCUUCAGAACAUGGUAGAAGACAGAACAGAGUCCGCACUGUCAUACUAUGAGUUCCUCUUGCACAUACAGCAGCAAGUGAACAAAUGAAGCAACCUCGGGCUCCAAGGAAGUGGCAGUGCAGGGCUCUCAGUGUAGCACCUUACUUCUCCACUUACGAUUGUGAACAAAUGUGAUUAAGAUGUUUCACUGUGAUUUCAACAAACUAUAGCAAAUAAAGGACCACAGCAGAGCGUCAGACACACAACUCUGAAAUGCUGUAUUUUCCAAAUCAGAUAAAUCUGCACAUGAUUGGAAACCUCUUUUCUUUUGCUGCCAAUUAUGUUUGAGUUGUUGUGGAUGGAGGUAAGACAAUAUUGCAUAGGCAAAGUAUAUUUUGUAAAAUAAAGACAUCUGUGUUCUGCAUGUAUAUUUCUUUUUUUUUAAUUUUUGGCUGCUACAUUUAGAAACCUCACAAGACUAAGCGUUGCAGGGAAUUUUCAGAUCCACUGAUAAUCUUUAAAUUGGAAAAUCCAAAAGAAAACAGACUGUAGAAAAGCUGGAAUUCAUCCCCCAUACUUGUUUGUUGUUUUGUUUUGUUUUUUCCCCCCUUCUCCUUUUUUAAGAGAGGGAAAGGAUCAUGAUGGUAACUGAAAACUGGAGUAAACUAGCUCUGGUCUACCCUGAGAAGAGUGUGGAGUGACACAUGGAGCUUUAAAGUCUGUCAGUAUUCUCUACUUGAACAAAGCCACUUUGCUUUGAGGUGAAGACUGUAACUAGUGACUUCUGACUUACAGAAGACUUAGCCGUCAUGUUUGACUCUGCCCUGAAGAACUUUAGCAGUCUUUAUAAACAUACUGGGACCUGGGAUGAUCAUAGGGAGAUGGGAAAUCUUGGUUACCUUGAUUCUCUACUGGGUUUGUGUUUGGUACACUUCCGCUGUGGGUAAUGAAAGUGUUACUUUGGUAAAAUGAGGGUGAAUGAGGGAAGCUAAAGGUUCCUUAAAUGCCACCUCAGAAUGUAUCAGCAUUGUCCUGGGGCGUUUGAUAAUUAAAUUGGAAGCCACUCAGAUAUGCUGGGAUGUUAAAACCUGUUAAAAGUAUGGCUGCUGCUGUUUGAUUUGGAGGAUGUUAAAAUACGCAAAUCCAUCAUGUUAAAGUUCUAAAAGAAACUUGAUUUCUGAACAUGCUCAAAAGACUGCUCGUUUUGGUUUAAAGAAUAUUAUAGUCAAAACGAUUAAACAACUUUUGUUUACAAUUAGGUAAAUUAUCCAUCUAUAUAUUUAAAAUGCUGUGAUAUAUCUUUAAAAGAGUUUGGCUCAGUUUUCAUAGGUUCAUCUUGUAUGAAUUUCUUAAAUGAUGUCCCUGUGUAAUACUUGAUGAAAAGGUUUGGAUUUUGUUUUCAUAGUUAGAAUCUGUGUUUACAAUCUUGGUCUUACAGGAUCACCAAUGAAAUAGUAACUUUCAGGUUUACGUCCGUGGGGACUGACUUCAGCUUUGGGGUGGGGAGCAGGUCCCUGGAGUCUACAACUAGUGCUUCUGCUGCAGCGGCAGAAGUGUCCUAUGACAACGUCAACUCCUUUAAGCAGUGUUAUGGUUUUGGGGGUUUUUUUCAAGCUGGGCGUGGUGGCACAUGCCUCUAACCACAGUACUUGGGAGGCUAAAGCAGGAGGAUUGCUAGCCUGGGCUACCAAGACUACAUAAAUAGAGCAAGACUCUGUCUCAAAACAAAAACAAAGCAAAAAGACUAUUUUUCAGCAUCCACACAGUACUUUAAACUUUUCUUGAAAGCUGCUUCAUUUGAUGAGAAGCAAUUUUCAAAUUAUAGCAUAUAAAUUUUUAUUUCCCCCUCUUUUAAGGAAACACAGUUAUUAUGUACUGGUGUUUCUUUAAAUGAGCUAAAGGUUCUUCCUAAUGUGAUUUUAAAUGCUGAUAUUUGCAGGCCCUUUCCAAAUAAUAGUAAAGAAUCUUCCAGAGGAAGCCCUUUGUGCUCCUGGGGACAAACUUCUUGUGCCUCCCUGCUUCCCUGAGUGAGUCUGACUCUCGGUUAUCACCUGCUUUAUUAGUGUAUUUCACAAAUUUUAUCUUAGAUACUGUGUAACGUGCAAUCCAGAGUAAUUUUAUGACAGGUCAUCAAAGCAUAAUUUUAUUUAGGAGUCACGGUUUUUGUUCUUCAGAUAAAAAGGGAGUGAGCCUUAGGGGAAUAUUGAUAGAGUUAUUUUUAGCAAUAUUGAAUGUUUUUUGUUUGAUUUUUUUUUUCAGUGACACUACCCUCCGUAUCAUCUUAUUACUUUUUGAUGUAAAGCAACUAAUAUUUACACUAUGCCAUAUUUUUUUUAUUGUAGUUGUAAAUUAUGAAAGAUCCUUGAAUUUUCUACAGAUCUACAGCUACUAAAGUCACAAACAAGGGCAAUCUUGGUAUAUAAAUCUGAGCAUGGCAGUUCUACCAUAAAAGUACUCUAUUUUUCUAAUUUCUAGAAUUUUUAAAAUAAUGUUUCCAUAAGUCUGACAUGCUAAUAUUCACUCAAGCAGUACCGUUUAUUUUAGCUUGCAUAUAUUUGUUUUUAAUUUAAUGUAAUGUAUUAAGUCUAAUAGACUUUUGCAAUAAUUAAAAUAAAAGAUUUAUUUCUUCUAAUCAGAGAUACAUAACAGCUGUUAUCUAGGGGACCACCAAAUGUGAUUUCAAGGUUUUAACUAUUACAAAUAUAAUCCUUACCUAGAUACUUUAAUUUUGUAAAGUAGUAUAUAAUAAUGUAACAUUAAAUUCCUGUUUUCAAAUUAAAAUAUGUAUUGAUCUUCAAUGUAUUGUGUUAAAUCUUGCCUCUGAAAUGUUAGAGACAAGAUUUGUCUUCCUUUUUACAGUUUGUAAUUUUCACUGUUUUAUUCCUGUUUAAAAGAAAAAGUCAUUUGUAACCCAUGCAAACAAUCGUUUUAUCUGUGCUAACUUAUGAAUUUGGCUAUUCAAUAAAGUUAAUUAAAAGAGCUUACA